AUGUCUGAAAAGAAGCUAGAGUCAGUCACUAAAGACUCAAGGUUUUCCCGGAUUCAUAAUGAUCCAAAAUUUAAGCAAACCAGGUCAAAAAAUGUUAAAAUAAAGCUAGAUGAUAGAUUUAGCAAGAGUGAUCUUGAGUUCAAGGCUAAAGCUAAAGUUGACAAGUACGGCAGGCGUAUUGUUGAUGGCAAGAACAAGGACGCGAAGGAUUUCGAUAAGUAUUUUGUAAAGGAUAAAGAAUCUGACGAGGAAGAAGAGAGCGAUGAUAAUGGGAAGGUUGCAGUGGUUGACCGUGCACGCGGUGAAGUACCAUCCGACUAUGUGUCUUCCUCAGAAGAGGAUACCUCCAGUGACUCUGAGGAGGAUUCGGAGGAUAGCGAGGUCGAGGUCGAGUCUGAAGAGGAUACUAAAGAAGCACCUCCUCCAGCAGGUGAUGCGUCCAAGACUCUUGCUGUUGUGAAUCUAGACUGGGACUAUGUGAGGUCCGUUGAUCUGAUGGUUACCUUCAAGUCUUUUGUACCAAAGGGAGGGAAGAUAGAGAAAAUCUGCAUCUAUCCCAGUGAGUUUGGGAAAGAGCGAAUGAAGCAGGAAGAUGUAGCUGGUCCACCCAGAGAACUGUUCAAAUCGAAGAAAAAGAAGAGUAAUGACGAUGAUGACUCUGAUGUUGACAUUAAUGAUCUUUACGAUCAAGAGGAUGGUGAAAAAGACUACGACUCCGGUGCGCUACGUAAAUACCAGCUGGAAAGGUUAAGAUACUACUAUGCGGUUGUAUACUGUGAUGAUGUGUCUACGGCCGAGGCCAUAUACCAAAACUGUGAUGGUACUGAAUACGAGUCGACAGCCAACAUGUUUGAUAUUAGAUACGUUCCAGACGGUGUUACGUUUGAUGACGAGCCAAGGGACGAGUGUGAUAAGGUUCCUAACGACUACAAACCUAUUCAGUUCAGUACAUCUGCCCUUCAGCAUUCCCAAGUCAAAUUGACGUGGGACGAAACCCCCGCUGAUAGAGUUGAGAUGACUAAACGUGCCUUCUCACAGAAGGAACUGGACGAUAUGGACUUCAAGGCGUACCUAGCAUCAGACUCGGACGAGUCAGAGCGGGAGAUCAGUGAAGAAGCGAAAAACAAACUCAAAUCGCUGGUAACUAGUAGCACGAAGGUCGCGAAUAAGUCUCUAUUUGACGAAGAGGCCGCAGAUGAUGAGGAGGAAGCAGACGUGGAAAUUACGUUUACGCCGGCUCUUGAGAACGGCGAGCCUCAAGCAGCAAAGGACAGUGAUGAGAUAUCUACGAUAGACAAGAUCAAGCUAAAAGAAAAGGAUCGGAGAAAGAAGAGGAAGGAGAGAGUCAAGGAGCUCAAGAAACAAGCUGAAGAAGAAAAGAAAUCCAAGCGUCACACUACCAAUUCAGAGGACCAGGAUAGUGAGGCAGCUAGGAAAAAUCAAGCUGAGCUAGAAUUGCUAAUGCUAGAUGAAAACGAGACCGAAUCCAAGGUCAACAGCAAGGCGCACUUUAACAUGAAGGAAAUUAUUAGGUCAGAAAAAGAGCAAUUCAAGAGAAACAAAUUCCAGGACAAGCGUAAAAUAGUAGAGGAUAGCUUUAAGCCAGACCUAAACGAUCCAAGAUUCCAGGAAGUCUUCGAGGAUCGUGACUUCGCAAUCGAUCCUUCCCAGCCAGAGUUCAAGCCCACAAAUGCUAUGAAGGAAAUACUGAAGGAGCGUCGUAAUCGUUCUUCUAAACUUUCUCAUAGUAAAAAGCGUAAGGCCGAAGAGCCAAACAACAAUAACAACAUCUCUACGCUUGUGAACAAACUAAAGAAUAGCAGUAAGAAGAACAAGACCAAAUAG